AUUUCAACAGAGGAAGACGGCGUUAGCAAGGGGGUCCUUGUUAGCUUAGCAGCCAGCUAGCGUCAGCCGGUUUGAGCCUGAGCAUCCUUCUAGAAAAGCUCCACUUAAAGUAAAAAAAAAAAAAAAAAAAAAAAAAAAAAAAAAAAAAAAAAAAAAACGGACUGUGCUGGUCGUCUCACACUUAACCCCGGCAGAGAAAAAAUCUCUUUGAAGACAAAGAGUAUAAAGAUGCCUUCAGCAGCGGUUGGCAACAAUGCUGCCCAGUGUGCCAUUCCAGACCUGGGGAACGGAAGUCAGUCUGAGACCAUGAAGCAGUUUCUUGGUGUGAUCGACAAAAAGGUCCGGAAUAUGGAAAAGAAAAAGUCCAAACUUGACGACUAUCAGGCCAGAAAGAAUAAGGGAGAAAGACUGAAUCAGGAUCAGCUGGACGCUUUGACGAAGUAUCAAGAGAUCAUCAACAACCUUGAUUUUGCUCGAGAGUUGCAGAAGAGCUUCCUGGCUUUGGGCCAAGAGGUCCAAAAGGCAGUUAAGAAGUCUGCACGGCGAGAGCAGCUGCAGCGGGAGGAAAUUGAACAGCGGCGGCUGAAGACCGUUUUGGAGCUUCAGUAUUUAUUGGACCAGUUAGGGGAGGACGGCGUGCGGCAGGACCUUAAAACACCCGAUGCCUCUGGUUCCCCUCUGCUCACGGACGCACACCUCGCAUCUUUUGAUGAGUUUUAUAAGCUGGUGGGACCUGAGAGGAACUGCGAUAUCAGAUUGAGCGACCAGUACGAAGAGGCCUCGCAACACCUGUGGUCUCUGCUCGAGGGUCGAGACAAGCCUGUGGCAGGAACUACAUACAAGUCACUGAGGGAGACUCUGGACAAACUGCUGCUAAGUGGUUACUUUGACAGAGCAGAAACGAAGCAGAACGGCGCCUGCGAGGCAGAAGAGACACCAGAAGAGCAGACUGCUGUGGAGGAAACCGCCGCUAGCAGGGAGCAGCCGCCUGAACCUGAAGGACCAACAAAUGAAACCUACGUUGAGCCGGUCCAAGUGGAAACCACAGAGUUUUUCAACAGGCAGUUUGUCCCAGAAACUACAUACAGUAACACCGACAAAGACCAGGUGGAGGAGUGGACCGUGGAGGCUCAGAUGAACUCCCUCCAGCACCAUCCCACUGCACAGCUGGCUGCCGAGCCCCCCGUUGCUAAUGUGAACCGAGGUGCUCCCUCUCCGCCCACUGACCCGGUGGUCCGGAAGCAGGCGGUGCAGGAUCUCAUGGCCCAAAUGCAAGGACCUUACAACUUCAUGCAGGACUCCAUGUUGGAAUUUGACGGCCAGGCUCUGGACCCAGCCAUCGUGUCUGCCCAGCCGAUGAAGCCUCUGCAGACCGUUGACUUGCAGCAGAUGGGCGGCCCGUCAAUUGUCCACUCAGAAGCCAGGCUUCCUCAGACAAGUACUGUAUCUGGACCACAGGAAUCCUCCCAGCCCUCUAUGUCUCUGUCAUCUGAACAGUCUUCUGCCCCAUGUUCCCUGUCCACCGCCUUCCCACCUGUCUCCAAACAUAUCCACUCCGGAGGCAUCAAUGUGAACGCAGCGCCAUUCCAGUCAGUGCAAGCGGUGUUUAAUAUGAACGCGCCCGUACCGCCGCCCACCGACGGCCAAACAGAUGCUCUGAAGCAGUCCGGCCAGUUUCCUGGUGGCUAUGGUCCGGGCUUCACCAGCCAGUCGGAGAGCACGGUGGAGCAGCCGGAAAUGCCACAGGAAAGGUUACAGUCAGUUGUUGGUGGAUUCCAGCCUCAGGACCAGGUCAUGCCAUCAGCAGGCGGUCAUGAGGAUCCGUCUGUAGGGUCGGGGUUCGUCCAGUCCAGCCAGUCGUUUUACAGCAGCAGAGGUGCGCCGAGGGGUGGAGCCAGGAACAGCCGCGGCUUUAUGAAUGGCUACCGAGGCGCCUCAAACGGAUUUAGAGGUGGUUAUGAAGGAUAUCGCGCUCCGUUUUCAAAUGCUCCUACCGGCAGCGGUUACGGCCAAACCCAGUUCAACACGUCUCGGGACUAUUCCAACAGUGGCUACCAGCGGGAGGGAUAUCAGCCAGGCUACAAGCGGGGAGCCGGCCAGGGAUCUCGAGGCAUGUCCCGGGCUAACGCUCAAGCGAUGCGAUCCUAAACGAUGGGAAGAACCGUCCUGUUGCGCCACGUUGAACAUUCAGGAGCUUGAAUGUGUUAACCCGAGCUCACUUUUAUAACAUUUUAUUUCUGAUGGUUAAUUUGGCAUUUUUAUUUACAUUUUUUUUUUUAACUCCCGCCCUACUUAUUUAGCAGCCCGCUGACAUUUAGAGCCUCUAAAUGUUUCAACACAUGCUCAAGUUCACCACAUGUAGGAUUCUCAGAGUCUGUGUCAUGUAAAACUACAAAUAGAUGUUCCUGUAAACUUGAAAGAGUUUAUUAAUUUAUUUUUUUUACAAAGUAAAUGCAAAAAAAUUACCCUGCCACUGUUGAUCCAAGUCCCUGGGAGUGGUUUUCUUCUACCUUUUUGUUGUCGACGCUUCUCCCUUUCGGUCGUAUAAUUUUCAUAAAAGCGUUUGUUUUAAUUUUCUCUUUUUUUUUUUUCCUUUUUUUAACCCACUGUUCUGUUGCGCCGUAACCCAUUUGUACACUGAUGAUGUUAUUGGUUAAGACUGUUUCAAUAAAGCUGUAUCCUA